AUGGCUUCGUCGGGUCGAAAUACAGGCGCCUCGGCUCGCAAUGAAAGCCAAUACUCGGCUGCAACUCGAGGCAGACGCCCUAAUGGCAAUGCUAUUAUCGAAAACCCUCUAGUCCAUCUCACGGACGAAGAAUUGCAGAGGGAUGUUCAGUCCUUUGUCGAGAACCAUCUGCCAUCCGUCGCAUACGAGAACCUUUUACGUGCCGCUCGAGUCGCAAAAGACAUUCGCAUAUACGAUGAGGUUGCAAGACAAAAGGGAUACCACUUUGAAUCCGGCCUGCCGGUACAGUUGACGACGGAGGAGAAACAUGCCCUGCGUCGAGAAAGAGACGUUCCUUUCAGUGAGAAGGGCAUGCGGAUUGUUAUCCUCACAGUUUCCAUCGCCGCACUGCUGCAAGGCUUUGUUCAAUCGUCUUUUAACGGCGCUUCUCUGUAUAAAGAAGAAUGGGGGCUCAAAGAACACAUUAAACCCUCCAGUGUGGAUAAUUGGAAGUUUGGGGCUACCAACGCAAUACCGUUCUUUGUUGCCGCAUUGGUUGGCUGCCCUCUCUCGCUGCCGAUCAAUUAUUGGUUUGGCAGACGCGGAGGCAUCUGCGUCGCUGCGUUCCUCAUUCUCGCAGGCUCUAUUGGUGCUGCUUUUGCAAAGACCUGGUAUCAACUGUUCGGAAUCCGGAUCAUCAAUGGCAUCGGAAUGGGAAUCAAGGCCGUCAGCACGCCAAUUCUUGCCGGAGAGACUGCUGUCGGAUUCUGGCGUGGAUCUGCCAUUCUAGCCUGGCAACUAUGGGUCGCAUUCGGUAUCAUGCUUGGCUUUGCUUUCAACCUCAUCUUCACAAGAGCUCCUUCAGACGCGACGACACUAGCACUCAUCAACGCAUCACCCACGGUGCCGAGUCUAGCACUCUUUAUAAUCGCCAUGUUUUUCUGUCCAGAGUCCCCUCGGUACCAUCUUACAAAGGGGCCCAACUACGACGUUCAAAAGGCAUAUACGUGCAUGACGAGGAUCCGAAAUACAGAGCUGCAAGCAUUACGAGACAUAUAUCUUGUGUAUAAAUCGCUCGAGCAACAAGCUAUGGGAUUGGGAGAUCUGGACGCGCAUGCCUUCCGAUCCCCGGGAUUCAUAUGGGUUAUGCGAGACUUUUUGAGACAAUACAUGCAGCUAUUCCAACAAAGACGCCUGUAUAAUGCUCUCAUCUCUACUUCGACAGUCAAUCUAGCCCAGCAACUCUGCGGAAUCAAUGUUCUGGCCUUUUAUUCAGGAACCCUCUUCGCUGGUGCCAAUGGCACUGAUGAUCAACGCUCAAAAAUCAUCCCAAUGGCAUACAGUCUAGGCUUUGGAGCAAUCAAUUUUCUGUGUGGACUGCCUGCUGUGAGAAGUAUUGAUACGCUUGGUAGGCGAAAGUGGCUUUUGGGAACGUUGCCUCUCACGGCCUUGUUCAUGCUCGCUGCCGCUCUAUCGUGCACUAUUUCGACUGAGAGUAUCAGAAUAGGGGUUGCUGCCUUUUUCUUAUACGUCUUCGCAGCUGUAUAUUCUCCAGGUCUUGGCCCGAUCCCGUUUACGCUUGCUUCAGAGAGCUUCCCUCUAUCUCAUAGAGAAGCGGGUGCUUCUUGGGCUAUUGCAAUCAACUUGGGCUUUGCCGGCAUCUUGUCCAUCGCCUAUCCCAGUGUGAAUGCAGGUCUUAAAGCAAUCGGAGCCUUGGGCCUCUUCUCUGGCCUCAACAUCGUCGCUUUAGUCAUGGUCUUCUUGCUGGUAGAAGAGACAAAGCGUCACACUCUCGAGGAGUUGGACCACAUCUUUGUCGUUUCCAAGAGAAAGUUUAUGCGUUUCCAGGUAUUCGAAUAUCUGCCCUGGCUUAUCCAACGAUACAUCCUCGGAAGCCCAAAGCCCCGACCAGAGCUCUAUGAGGACUUGAUCUGGGGCCCUUCGGAGGGCGAAGACCUGGCACCGUUUCGAGCUGCCCAUUUCCUAGGGCGCGAUACAGGUACUCAGCUAUCAAUUGCCGAGCCAGUAGAAAUGGGCCAAGGCCGGGCGAGUGAUUUUUCUCGGGAAGAGUUGCGGUUUGGAGUAUAUCAGCCCAGAGCGAGUCAGUCUGCAACAGACCAGAGUUAUGCUCAGGGGAUGCAGGCAACAAACAAUGAUGGGCCGCUGGUUGAGCCAUCUACGCGUAUUCAGCUCUAUCCAUCAAUUGAUACACGGCACAUCAUCUUCAUGUUCGUAUUCGCAAUCGCGUUGCCACCCGGAUCUGCCGAAUUGGAGAAAUCGGGGAAACAGAAACAGAGAUCGAGAGUCCCUAAACCGCUGUGGGGUUCGCCGUUUGCCGGUUUAGGCUCUAGCUGUGGCGACCGUGAGACCGCUAUCCGCCAGUGGGGCAAUGGGGUUUCCGGUAACUGA